AUGAAGCCACCACUGUUCCACGGGGGUGUGGACCCUUUGAAGGCCGAAGCUUGGGUCCUUGGUAUUGAGAAAUUGUUGGAAGUGUUCCCAUGCCUUGAGACACAGAAAGUACAGUUGGCCACCUUUACAUCAGAAGAUGACGCAAGGAGGUGGUGGAAGCUAAUUCGGGAUGACAACAAGGGUUUAGAUUGGACACAGUUUCUUGCACUCUUCUAUGAUAAAUAUUUCUCACAAUGUGUCAGUGAUAGAAAGGUGUCUGAAUUUGAGGGGCUAAAGCAAGGCAAUAUGACUGUAGCUGAGUAUGAGGCCAAGUUCACCGAAUUGGCAAGGUUUGCUUCGUACAUGGUCGACACCGAGUAUAAAAAGACAAGGAAGUUUGAGAGUGGUCUCUGCAAUGACAUUUUCGAAAGGGUGAACGUGUUGAAAUUGCCCACUUAUGUUGAAGUGCUAGAUCAAGCCUUGAUGUCAGAAACUAACAUAGCCAAUCAAAGUAAACUACCAGCUGACUGGAAGGCUAAGAGGCAGGGCUUUUUCUCAAAGAAAAGAUUGUCAAAUAAGCAAAAUACGGGGUCCUCAAGCACUUCGGACUCCAUUAAAAAUACGGCACCAACAUGUACCCAAUGUGGUAAGAAGCAUCGUAGGGUUUGUUACCGUAUUUCCGGGGCAUGUUAUAAAUGUGGUGAAAUAGGGCACAUGGCAAGGGAUUGCACCCAACUUGAGCAACAAAGAAGUGGGAAGCUGGCUGCUAGUUCAACUGGAUCCAUUCCAAAACCAAGGAACACCAUAAGGCCUGCUGCUACCAGAGACACAAUGAGACAGUGGAGAGUCUUUGCACUUGUCUUAGGAGACACAUGA